AUGAACACCGUUCCAUUGAUUAUUCAAUGUAUUUUAAUUAUUUACUUGAUUAAAUUGAAUGGAUAUUACUUAUGUAUAUUGAGAAGGCAAGGUAUAAGCACAUUCAGUAAUGUGAAAAGGACGCAUUGUGCAAGGUGUUUUAAUGUGAUUAAUGUGCUUAGUCGGAUGGACGUCAGUUUCUCUUCAUAUAGAUUCAGACACAGAAGAAAUGUACCUGUUGUGAAACGGAAGAAAGUAAAUUUUAUGUAUUUUAUUUUCACAAAUUUUGGAGACAACAAACGAGGGUAUUCUGCUUACACGCAUGGUGCUACUUGUAAAGUGUGUUAUUUUUCACCUGAACAUGUGCAGGUUAAACUUUUCGAGAAAAUAGGGAAAAAAAUAAAAAAUAAAAGGCAAAGGAGUAGCAUAUUUUCGUCCUCUUCAAGCAAUGAUAAUAUUGGAGGUAAAAAUCUUAGAGGUGCAGAUAUAAAUUGCCCAGAUGUAACUGCAGAGUAUAACCCCCAGUUGGAAGAGAGUGAAAAGAGACUAGGGUACAAUACGAAGGAAGGAAAGAAAUAUAAGAAAUUGUUAAAUAGACUAAAUAUCCACGCGGUUUUACUUUGUGGAGGUAUAGGGAAAAGAACCGAAUUAGCUAGUGGAAAACAAUUUUUAAUGCUAAAUGAUAUACCAGUUUUUAUUUAUUCAUUUAAUUUAUUUGUGAAAUGCAAUUUUGUAAAAUCUAUUAGUAUUGUAUGUGAUUCGAAUUUUUUUAAUAAUAUAAUUGGAAGUAUUAAUAUGUACAAUAUUUCCCUUUUGAAAAAAAAACAUCAGAUGGGAUUUUUGCACAAAGGACAUUCUAAACAAGUGAAGAACAUGUUGAAUUUAGAACAGCAAAAAAAGGAUAUAAUAAUACACAAAGAUAACACAGAUAGAGAUGUUUUCACAUGUUUACAAUUUUUAAAAAUAAAUAAAUACAUAAUAUAUGAUAAUGAGAAGGGGAAAUGCAUCACCCAUUUGGAUGAGUUACUGAACGAUGUUAUGAAAAAAAAAAAAUUACAAUAUGAAUCAGAGCUGGAAAAGGAAAUGUCCAAUUAUGUAGUUAAGAAGAAAGAUAGUACUGAAUUGACAAAAAGAGAAGCAAUUUUUGAUUUAAUAAAAACAAGUGAUAUAGAUGCAAACAGAUAUAAACUUAUAAGACUGUUGGAUAGAGGUAAAGAACGGGUAGAUUCCCUUUUGAAUGCGUUAGAAUCACUGGAUUUGGGGAUCAACAACCAGGAUUACAUUUUCCAGCUUUUACAAGAUUAUUGGGGAAAAGUGAGAAAAAUGGGACAUAUAGAAAAAUCGGACGAUGCAGAAGAAGUGAGCCAUGGGGGUGAAGUGGAAAAAGAGACAGAGCAACUGAAUCCAACGAAGAACCGUUACAUAUCGCAUAUCAUGGUGCAUGACGGAGCUCGACCAUUUCUAUCAGAGUUCGAUUUCUUCAACUUAAUUUACAUGUCAAGCAUUGGAAAGAAUAUGAUACUAGGGGCUGGGGCAACGGACACCAUUAAGCUUAUAGACAAUUCAGUUGGCAUUGGAAGUUGUCAUCGGCUGAAGAAGAAUAUUGACAGGAAAUUGAUUUUUCUAGCUCAUACUCCACAAAUAUUUAAGAGUCAAGAGUUGCUACGUAUUCGCUUGCAUUUGGUGCAACCAUCUAAUGUAAAUGAAGAAAUAAUGGGAGAGGAGGAGGAAGAGGGGCUGAACAGCAGCAGCAGGUGCUCAUAUAGAGAUAAAAUGCAUGAUAGAGAAAUAUCAAGAGGAGUGUUAAGUUUUACCGAUACUUCUUCCCUCUAUCAGUACUUUACAAAGAAAAAAGUAUACACCUUACAGGAAAAAUUUCCAAACUUCAAAAUAACCACACCGACAGAUGUAUUUUUGGCUUUUCUUUUGAUGGAACACAUUUUUACAAAUUCAUAUGGUGACAUGGAUACACGGAUAUUCAAACAGGAUUUCAUUAAUUCACAUUCCUCUUACGUUCUAACAAAUCAGUAUAAUGACUUUUUUUUUUACAGCUUGUUGGAUGAGAAGCAAAAGAUUCUAUAUCGGCACUUUUACUACCAGUAG